AUGAGAGAGCAUGCACUCAUCUCAGGAUUGGACUGCCAUGAAUACCCGGCUCAGUAUGAGAAGAUUGGGAGCUUUGCGUUUGUAGACAGGCACUUUAAAUCACAUAAGGAGAUAACGAUCAAAUCUGUGGAAGAGAAGUUGUUGAGUAUGAGCGCGUGGGGGGAUCGACUCAGGAUGGCGGUGCUUUACUUCCUAGGCACGGUUAUCAAAGCGAAGGGAAAGUAUAUUGCCUCCUUUAGCUCUUUCAUAAUAAGAGUCGUCAACAAUGUGGAGGAUUGUAAAACCUUUCCUUGGGGUCGCUUGCCGUUUUAUGAUGAUAUCUGGUCCAUCAAUCACGUGAUGAAGCAGCUCAAGGGGAAACCUAAGAAGAAUGUCAGCUUUCUCGGAGAAGGUGUAGAUGGCUGUUUGAGUAGGUGUCCCAGGAUGUGUAAAAAGCGGUUCCAAAGUAACAUCAUGAAGGGUUAUCCACUUGAGGAUCUGUACAAUGCACUUGGAAAAACUACGGUUAUUAACAGUGUUCUGGUUCCUACUGUUGAUGAGGAACCUCUCAUGGGGCACAUUAUGGAUGGAGAGCCAGACUACGAAAAUGAAGAAGGACCAAACAACUUGUGGAGCACAUGGCUUACUAUUAAGGGGAAGUCUAUCUGGUGGCCAGAUCUUUUUGAGCUAGAUGUGGCUGCGAGGGAAUUCACUAAGAAGAAAGACAAAGAGAAAAUGAGAGAAGAAGCAUCCUCCUCUAAUCAUGGUUUGGAGGACGUUUUGAAAGCGUUAGAAGACCGGUUGAUGACAUGUUUGAGUGAAGUGAGUGUGAAGGUGGAGAAAAUGGACAAGAGGCUUAGUGUCAUUGAAAAGAGCCAAGAAGUUUUAAAAAGAGGUAAUGCCAAGAAGGUGGAGACAAUAGACGGGAGGAUUGAUGGCAUUGAAAAAGAAAUGAAGGAACUGAAAGAGAAGGAGAGGGAGAACAAUGAGGGUUUCGACUACCAAGACAUGGAUUUUGACUGGGAUAUGACGCAUGGAACAGAACAGAAAGAACCUGUAGAUGCAGAAAUGGUUGAGGACACAGAGGUGGUAGAAGAACUAGAAGGUCAGAGAGCUGAGGAGACUGAUAAAUAG